AUGGUCCUAGAGAUAUUCGUAGAGAUCUGCAUUCAAAAUCCAAAGGCAGUCAACAAGGCCCGAGCAGAGCUAGAUUCGGUGAUAGGACCAAAAAGACUUCCCUCGUUUAGUGACAAGGACAAUUGUCCUUAUAUCAACGCCUUCAUCUUAGAACUUCUCCGCCGGCAUCCCAUCUCUCCAUUCGGUGUUCCGCAUAUGGUGACCCAAGACGAUGAAUAUAUGGGUUAUCGAAUUCCAGCGGGCACCAUUAUUGUCGCUAACCAGAUGGGCAUGAAUAUGGAUGAGACGAUCUUCGAGAAUCCUGAAAAGUUCGAAUCAGACAGAUAUAUGCAAAAUGUCGAUCUUCCCCAUCCGGCGACUUUUGGAUUUGGUCGCCGUCAAUGUCCGGGACACCAUAUUGCGCGGGCUAAUCUAUUUAUUGUAAUUUCGCGUUUAUUGUGGGGAUACGAUAUCCACCAACAUGAACAAGCCGACACGGAUAACAAAUUUGCUGUUUCGUCAGACAAAGCUCUGUUUGUUGUUAGAAGUGACGAACAUAGAAAGACGAUCGAAAACGCGGCGGUGGAGGAAAAGUAG